AUGGCAGCCGUCCCCUCUCCCACCAUCUACAAAAUCCGAGUGGCCACCGGCAACUAUCUCUUUGGUGGCACCAUGGACAACAUCUCCAUCUCCUUGGUGGGCACCCACGGCGAGACCCACAAGUUCCAGCUGGAUAAAUUUGGCAAAGAUUUCUCACCAGGAAAAGUGGAGGAAUUUGUGGUGGAAACCCAGAUGGAGCUGGGGGACAUCCUGUUGGUGCGUCUUCAUAAGGAGCCCUACGGGUUCUUCCCUCCCACCAACUGGAACUGCAGCUUCAUUGAAGUGGAGACCCCUGAGGGGCAGACCCAUCGUUUCCCUUGCUAUCAAUGGAUCCUGGGGUACCCCACCUUUGAGCUCCGAGAAGGGACAGCUAAAAUCGCUCGCCUGGAUGCAAACGAUCCAUUGCUUUCAGAACAUCGCAGGUACGAACUGCUAGCAAAACAGGAAACCUACAGAUAUAAAGAUUAUCAACCUGGAUGGCCCAAAUGUUUAGACGCCGAUUCGGUGGACCAUUUGCACCUGAGUGAUCAAUAUUCCAGCAUAAAAUCCUGCUCUUUCCGAGUCCUCCUGAAAACUGCGGAAAUCGAGUUGAAGCUGAAAGGGUUGCUGAACCUCAAGGGAUCCUGGAAAAAAUUGGCUGACAUCCGAAGGGCUUUUUGGUUUUAUCGGACCCCAACCUCAGAAUAUGUCAGCAAGCAUUGGGACGAAGAUGCAUUUUUUGGCUACCAGUAUCUCAACGGGGCGAGCCCCGGGAUCAUUCAGCGAUGCACAGAGAUUCCAGCAAAGUUCCCCGUGACCCAAGAGAUGGUGGUCGAAUCGUUGGGACUGGAGACCACCCUGGAGAAAGAGGUGGAGCAACCAAUGGAUGAAUCUUGUAUGGUCCCGAAGUACUCUGAAUUUAAUUUGGUCACCACAGAGAUGGUGGAUUGGGGUCCUUUGUUGCAUCUCACGAGCUUCUUCUCCUUCCAGCUGACUCAGCAGCCUGGACCAAGGAGCCCCAUUUUCCUCCCCACGGAUUCGGAGUGGGAAUGGGCGCUGGCCAAGUUUUGGGUUCGCAACAGCACACUCUACAUCCAUGAGCUCCUGGCCCACCUGCUUCAUACUCACCUGCUGGUGGAGGUCUUCCUGCUGGCCACCCUCCGGCAGCUUCCCAAGUGCCACCCAGUCCACAAGCUCUUAAUCCCACACUUUCGCUACACACUGCACAUCAACAUCCUUGGCCGGACGCACCUCCUGGCCCCCAAUGGAAUGCUGGACAAGAUGAUAGGCACAGGUUUCCAGGGUCUGUCGCAACUGGUGGCCAGGGGUCUUUCUAAGCUGACCUACUCCAUGCUUUGCCUCCCUGACGACCUGCGGGACAGAGGAGUAGAUUCGUUGCCCAACUAUUACUACAAGGAGGACGGAUUGAAGCUCUGGAGUGCUAUAGAGAGUUUUGUGUCUGGAAUGAUCGGCCUUUACUAUCUGAGCGACGGAGCUGUGGAGAAAGAUAUGGAGCUACAGGCCUGGGUGGCUGAAAUCUUUGAAAAAUGUUUCCAUCAGCGGCAAUCCUCCGGUUUCCCCGCACAUCUUGGAACUGUGGCUGAGUUGACAAAGUAUCUGACCAUGAUAAUCUUCACCUGUUCAGUCCGCCAUGCCAGUGUCAACAAUAGCCAGUUUGAUUUUGGAGCCUGGAUGCCCAACUACCCUUCCACCAUGAGGAGGCCUCCUCCAGAAUCCAAGGGCGGCAUGACUUUUGCCGACAUCCUGGAAACCUUGCCGGACGUCAGCACGAGCUGCCAGAUGUUGCUCAUCUUGUGGCUUCUCAGCCGAGAGCGAGGAGAUAAGAGAUCUCUGGGUUACUACCCUGAGGAACAUUUCACUGAGGAAGGCCCAAAGAAGGUCAUCGCCACUUUCCAAAAACAAUUGAGCAAGAUCUCUCAGGAAAUCGUGGAGAGAAAUCGACGACUUCCGCUGCCGUACAAUUAUCUCAACCCUCCUGAAGUAGAGAACAGCAUCUCCAUCUGA